AACACUGCCCUAAUUGGUAUUAGAAUUAUUUACAUGGUUUCAAACGAAAUCCAGAGCCAUGCCAACAAAUGCUCACAAAUACAGCAUUCUGCUGCCCACCUACAACGAAAAGGAUAAUUUGCCAAUUAUAAUAUGGCUCAUUGUGAAAUACAUGAAGGCCAGCGGCUACGACUACGAGGUGAUUGUUAUUGACGACGGCAGUCCGGACGGAACGCUGGAUGUGGCCAAGGAUCUUCAGCGCAUCUACGGUGAGGAUAGGAUCGUGCUGAGGCCUCGCGGAUCCAAGCUGGGAUUGGGCACGGCCUACAUCCAUGGCAUCAAGCACGCCACUGGAGACUUUAUCAUAAUCAUUGACGCCGACUUGAGUCAUCAUCCCAAAUUCAUACCGGAGUUCAUUCGGCUACAGGAGAGCGGCGACUACGACAUAGUGUCGGGCACUCGGUACGCCGGAGACGGCGGUGUCUAUGGCUGGGAUUUUAAGCGUAAGCUCAUCUCGCGCGGCGCUAACUUCCUGUCCCAGGUUCUGCUACGACCCAAUGCCAGCGACCUGACCGGCUCGUUCCGCCUGUACAAGAAGGACGUGCUGGAGAAGUGCAUUGCCAGCUGCGUGUCCAAGGGCUACGUUUUCCAAAUGGAAAUGCUGGUGCGGGCACGCCAGCAUGGCUACAGCAUCGCCGAGGUGCCCAUAACAUUCGUGGACCGCAUCUACGGUACCUCGAAGCUAGGCGGCACCGAAAUCAUCCAGUUUGCAAAGAAUCUGCUGUAUCUGUUUGCCACCACAUAAAAAACGAGACCUUGUCCGGCUGAUGAGUAGA